AUGUCCAGCAAGGCGAACAGCAAGCGGCCGGCCACCGUCCCCAGCGAGCCCCCCAACCACGCCAUGGUGGCCGAGGUGCCCCCAGAGCGCCCCGGAGGCCGGGCUCCACGCUCCUCCCGCAAGGGCAUCGCUUUCGGGAAGCGCUCCAACUCCAUGAAGAGGAACCCCAACGCCGCCGUCACCAAGAGCGGGUGGCUCUACAAGCAGGCCAGCUCGGGGGUGAAGCAGUGGAACAAGCGCUGGUUUGUGCUGGUGGAUCGCUGCCUCUUCUACUACAAAGACGAGAAGGAGGAGAACAUCUUGGGCAGCAUCCCUCUGCUCAGCUUCCGCGUGGCCGCCGUGCAGCCCUCGGACAACAUCAGCAGGAAGCACACGUUCAAGGCCGAGCACGCCGGCAUCCGCACCUACUUCUUCAGCGCCGAGAACACAGAGGAGCAGGAAUCCUGGAUCCAGGCCAUGGGCGAGGCCGCCCGCGUGCAGAUCCCCCCGACCCAGAGGCACUCGGAGAAGCCGGACUCGGAGAACAUCCCCCCCAGCAAACACCACCACCACCACUGCAACGCCGCCCACCGCGAGCACGCCAAGGCCGAGCCCGACACCAAGGCCCGCGGGGAGGGCGACGGCCGCGGUUCCGAGAAGAUGGAGCGGAAGCCGCCGGAGCGGGCGGACGGCAAGAAGGAUCCUCUGGCCAAAACCAACGGCCUCGCCGGGCAGGAGCCACCCUCGGAGCCGGGCAGUCCCUACCCCGAGGGACCACGGGGGCCAGCGAGCGCCGAGCGGCCAGCACAGCCCAACGGGUGGCCGUACCCCUCUCCCAGCCGGCCUGGCAGCACCGCGUUCCCCCCGGGGGGUGACGGUGAGAGCGGGGUCCCCCAGCGCCGGGGGGUGACCCCCAGGUCCCACCCCGAGAAGGUGGCUCAGCGCAAGAGCUCCAUGACGCAGCUGCAGCAGUGGGUGAACUCCCGCCGCGCCACCGGGCCCCCCGAGGAGCUGCGCAGCCCCACCAGGUUUUACCCCGUGUCCCGCCGUGUGCCCGAUUAUUACUCGCCCUACUCGCCGCAGUACCCCGAGGAGUACCAGUACUACCCGCCGGGCGUGCGCCCCGACAGCAUCUGCUCCAUGCCCGCCUUCGAGCGCGUCAGCCCGCCGUGGGCUCUGGAGGACAAACGCCACUCCUUCCGCAACGGGGGUCCCUUCCACCCCGCCUUCGGCCGCCAGGACGUGCCGCUGUGGCUGCCGGCGCCCUCGAGGCCGCCGAGCUACCUGGACGAGGUGGACGCGGCCUCGGGCUCGCUGCGGAGGAUGUCGCUGCAGCCGCGCUCGCGCUCCGUGCCGCGUUCGCCCAGCCAGGGCUCCUACGGCCGUGCCAGGGUUUACUCGCCCGUACGCUCGCCCAGCGCCCGCUUCGAGCGGCUGCCGCCCCGCGGGGAUGAGAUUUACGCAGACCCCGCCACCUUGGUGAUGCGCAGGUCCAUCAGCUCGCCCAAGGUGACACCGUUCCCGGAGCCCUACAGGGACACCCUGCACUCCUACAAGAUCAGCGAGCAGGACACCGAUAAGCUGCUGGGGAAGCUCUGCGAGCAGAACAAGGUGCUGCGGGAGCAGGAGAGGCUGGUGCAGCAGCUGCGGGCUGAGAAGGAGAGCCUGGAGAGUGCCCUGAUGGGGACACACCAGGAGCUGGAGAUGUUCGGGAGCCAGCCUGCCUAUCCUGAGAAGCUGUUGCACAAGAAGGAAUCGCUCCAGAACCAGCUCAUCAACAUCCGGGUGGAGCUGUCCCAGGCCAGCACGGCCCUGGCAAACAGCACGGCCGAGUACGAGAGCCUGGAGAGUGAGGUGUCCACUCUGCACGAUGACCUCUGGGAGCAGCUGAACCUGGACAUCCAGAACGAGAUGCUCAACCGGCAGAUCCAGAAGGAGAUCUGGCGGAUCCAGGAUGUGAUGGAGGGGCUGAGGAAGAACAACCCCUCCCGUGGCACCGACACCGCCAAGCACAGAGCAUCCCUGGGCCCCUCGGGCACGUACAGCUCCAACAGCCCUGCCAGCCCCCUGAGCUCUGCCAGCCUCACCAGCCCCCUGAGCCCCUUCUCCCUCAUCUCCGGCUCCCAGGGAUCGCCCACCAAGCCAGUCCCCAGCGAGCCCAAACCAGGCUUCGAGCAGAGCAAGAAGGAGCCUCCUCGACCCAGCCCCCCUGGCCCCACACCCGAGGGGCUCCCGCAGAGCCGACCUGAACAGGACGGGGACAAACAAGCAGCUCUCAACAAGGUGGGAAUCGUCCCCCCCAGGACCAAGUCUCCGGCGGAGGAUGAGGUGGUGCCCAGGAGGAACGGCCUGGCCAACGGGCUCAGCUCCCGGGAGAGACCCAAGAGCGCCGUGUUUGCCACCGAGACCAAGGUGAAGAUGAGCGUGGAGGAGCAGAUCGACCGCAUGAAGCGGCACCAGAGCGGCUCCAUGAAGGAGAAGCGGCGCAGCCUGCAGCUCCCCAGCCCCCAGCAGCUCCCUGGCCCCCAGCCCGACCCCCCUGGCACCAAAACCCCCUCCUCCUACAAGGUGGUGAGGCGACACCGCAGCAUCCACGAGGUGGACAUCUCGGACCUGGAGGCCGCGCUGCGCUCCGACGAGCCCGGCAAGGUGUACGAGACGCCGCAGGAGGAGAUCGCCCGGCUGCGCAAGAUGGAGCUGGAGCCGCAGCACUACGACGUGGACAUCAACAAGGAGCUGUCCACGCCGGACAAAGUGCUGAUCCCUGAGCGCUACGUGGAGCUGGAGCCGGAGUCCCCCCUCAGCCCCGAGGAGAUGAAGGAGAAGCAGAAGAAGGUGGAAAGGAUCAAGACCCUCAUUGCUAAAUCCAGCCUGCAGAAUGUCAUCCCCCUGGGCGAGGGGGAGGUGGACACACCCCAGGACCCUGAGAUGCAGCUGCAGGAGCAGGAGAAGAGGAUCGAGAUCUCGUGUGCCCUGGCAGCAGAGGCCUCGCGCCGCAGCCGGAUGCUCUCAGCUCAGUGCGCUACCCCCAGCCCUCCCACCUCCCCAGCCUCCCCGACUCCACCGACCAACCCCCUCUCGUCCGAGUCGCCCCGGGCCGCCGACAGCAGCCACCUCAUGCGGGUGUGAGCCUGUGACUUCAAGCCCUGGCUGCUGCCGGCGCCAUCAAGUUCCACGGGGCCACGUUUUAGUCCCCUCCUGAGGUGACACCGAACUUCUCGCC